AUGAACGGGAGAAAGCUCAAAGUUUCGCCUUUAAGUGGGUACAGAAGUGCCGUCAAAGACAUGUACCGUCCGAAACGGUUGCCGUUGCCAGUCGCCUACCAAGACGAUAUGAAGACGUUCUUCACAGGCUUGAAGCGUGUCGAGGCGGACAACGACCAAGAGGGACGUGGACGACACACUGGGAACGAUCCACUCACGUUUUCGCUGUAUUUGGAACCUUAUGUGUCGUUCCAAAUACGUCGAAACGCUCCCACUUAG